GGAUUUGGGAAACAAGUGGAUGUGUCAUAUAUUGCCAAAUACUACAACAUGAGUAAAAGCAAAGUUGACAACCAGUUCUACAGUGUGGAAGUGGGUGACUCGACCUUCACAGUUCUCAAGCGCUACCAGAACUUAAAACCAAUCGGCUCUGGAGCUCAGGGAAUAGUAUGUGCUGCAUAUGACGCUGUUCUUGACAGAAACGUGGCUAUCAAGAAGCUCAGCAGGCCAUUUCAAAAUCAGACACAUGCUAAGCGGGCAUAUAGGGAGCUAGUUCUCAUGAAGUGUGUGAAUCACAAAAAUAUUAUCAGUUUAUUAAACGUCUUUACACCACAAAAAUCUCUGGAGGAGUUCCAGGAUGUUUAUUUAGUAAUGGAGUUGAUGGAUGCCAAUUUGUGCCAGGUGAUUCAAAUGGAGUUAGAUCACGAGCGAAUGUCUUACUUGCUCUAUCAAAUGCUGUGUGGCAUCAAGCACCUUCACUCUGCAGGAAUCAUUCACAGGGAUUUAAAACCAAGUAAUAUUGUGGUAAAAUCAGACUGUACGUUGAAGAUCCUGGAUUUUGGACUGGCCAGGACUGCAGGCACUAGCUUCAUGAUGACACCCUAUGUGGUCACACGUUAUUACAGAGCACCAGAAGUCAUCUUGGGAAUGGGCUACAAGGAGAAUGUGGAUAUAUGGUCAGUAGGAUGCAUUAUGGGAGAAAUGGUGCGCCAUAAAAUCCUCUUUCCAGGAAGGGACUAUAUUGACCAGUGGAAUAAGGUAAUUGAACAGCUGGGAACCCCUUGCCCAGAAUUCAUGAAGAAACUCCAGCCCACAGUGCGGAACUAUGUGGAAAACCGACCUAAAUAUGCUGGCCUGACUUUCCCUAAACUUUUCCCAGACUCUCUUUUUCCAGCUGAUUCAGAACACAACAAACUCAAAGCUAGCCAAGCUAGGGACCUUUUAUCAAAGAUGCUAGUGAUUGAUCCAGCCAAACGGAUAUCAGUGGAUGAAGCUUUACAGCAUCCGUACAUCAAUGUCUGGUAUGACCCAGCAGAGGUGGAGGCGCCACCUCCACAGAUCUAUGACAAGCAGUUGGAUGAAAGAGAACACACGAUUGAAGAGUGGAAAGAAUUAAUCUACAAGGAAGUAAUGAAUUCUGAAGAAAAGACUAAAAAUGGUGUAGUAAAAGGACAGCCUUCUCCCUCAGGUGCAGCAGUGAACAGCAGCGAAAGCCUCCCUCCCUCCUCAUCUGUCAAUGACAUUUCCUCCAUGUCCACAGACCAGACCCUGGCAUCGGACACUGACAGCAGUUUGGAAGCUUCUGCGGGACCCCUUGGUUGUUGCAGGUGACUAGCCGCCUGCCUGCGAAACCCAACGUUCUUCAGAAGAUGAUGCAGUUUAUAGGGAGACAAAUCUAUGAUGAUUAGGAAAGAAUUUGAUGAUGGCAAGGAAGAGAAAGAGAGAGAGAGAAAAAAAAAAAUCAAAAUACGCAAAUACACAUUACGAUUAAGCAAACAAAAAGUCCUUUUCAGCCUGCUUCUCCUAAAAAAGAGUAAUGUAAAUGCAGCUAAGCUCAAGUGUAUAUUUAACUUAUAGUUGCUCUGCUUUGGUCUUCUUCCAACGAUGCUUGCUGCAUAAAAAGAGAGAGAAAAAAUAA